UUCCUCUUUCAUUCGAGCGUCAGUCUUUCAAAGUGUUGCUAGCAGUGAACACCGUUGCAAGUGUACUUGUUGCAAAAGUUUAUUAAUUUUUAUUAAAAAACCAGUUAAUUAUUUAAAUUUAUUCAAUAAAAAUGGCAGACGUAGCAGUUGAAAAAGAAACUAAAGUCGCUUCCCCCGAAAAGAAGGUAGAGAAAGAAGUAGUAGAAAAGAAACCAGUAGAAGAAACAGAAAGUAAAACAGAGAAUGGUGAUGAACCAGCGGCAAAAGAAAAUGGUUCAGCUGAAGAAAAAACUGAGGAGAAAGAAGAAGCUAAAAACGGGGAUGCUGAAGCCAAAAAUGGUGCUAAAGAAGAUGCCUGCAUCAUAAAGAGAAAAUCAGUAGGCGCCGAUGCUACAGAUGGUAGCAAAGCAGCAGAUGGUGCAACACCCGAAAAGAAAGCUAAACUCGAUGAAAAAGUCGAAGAAUCCUCAAAUGGUGAAGCAGAAGCAACAGCUUAAACGCGAUUUUAAAAUAUAUUUUUUGUCAAAUUAGUUAAAUACUAUUUAAUUUUUUUUAUAACUGUUGAUUGAGCGUACAAUAUAAACUAGAAGCGAAUUGGAAAUGGGUUGCAAUGGGUUUAUUGUGAGAGAGAACAUCAAUUAAUCACACCCACAAAAUAUUUUCAAUUUUUUGUUUUUUUUUUCCUGAUUUAAAUCUCAUUUGUAUAAUUUUUUUUAAGUAAGAUAGAACUUCGAAACGAGUGUAGGGGGUAUUGAAUUUUGAUAAAAUUUCGACAACGAAUCUUAUUUGAUUUCAAACAAAAUUUUUGACAAUUCAGAAAAAAACUGAAGAUAAAAAAUUCCAUGUCCACUACACCUUUCGAGUUUGAACGAUUGCACAUAAUAAUUCUAAAACCACAUGUAAAUAAUAAUUUUUUAAGUAUUCCCCUCUUAUUUGUACGCUCAAAGAUUCCGUUUUUCGAUU